GCCUCAAAGGCAGAGACGGGAAGCACACGAAGAUGCUCACAAGCCAGUCAGCCCAAUUCUGAAACGAAGCCCUGACAUCACCAAAUCACCUCUGACGAAGUCGGAGCAGCUUCUGAGGAUAGACGACCACGAUUUCAGCAUGAGGCCUGGCUUCGGAGGCCCUGCUAUCCCUGUUGGCGUGGACGUGCAGGUUGAGAGCUUGGACAGCAUCUCGGAGGUCGACAUGGACUUCACGAUGACCCUCUACCUGCGGCACUACUGGAAGGACGAGAGGCUGUCUUUCCCCAGCACCAACAACCUGAGCAUGACGUUUGACGGCCGGCUCGUGAAGAAGAUCUGGGUCCCCGACAUGUUUUUCGUGCACUCCAAGCGCUCCUUCAUCCACGACACCACCACGGACAACGUCAUGCUGCGCGUCCAGCCCGACGGGAAGGUGCUCUACAGCCUCAGGGUUACAGUGACUGCAAUGUGCAACAUGGACUUCAGCCGGUUUCCCCUGGACACACAAACGUGCUCUCUGGAAAUCGAAAGCUAUGCCUACACGGAAGACGACCUCAUGCUGUACUGGAAAAAAGGCAACGACUCCCUCAAGACGGACGAGCGCAUCUCACUGUCCCAGUUCCUCAUUCAGGAAUUCCACACCACCACCAAGCUGGCUUUCUACAGCAGCACAGGCUGGUACAACCGUCUGUACAUCAACUUCACGUUACGUCGCCACAUCUUCUUCUUCUUGCUCCAAACCUAUUUCCCCGCUACCCUGAUGGUCAUGCUGUCCUGGGUGUCCUUCUGGAUCGACCGCAGAGCUGUGCCCGCCAGAGUCCCCUUAGGUAUCACCACGGUGCUGACCAUGUCCACCAUCAUCACGGGCGUGAACGCCUCCAUGCCCCGGGUCUCCUACAUCAAGGCCGUGGACAUCUACCUCUGGGUCAGCUUCGUGUUCGUGUUCCUCUCGGUGCUGGAGUACGCGGCCGUCAACUACCUGACCACGGUGCAGGAGCGCAAGGAACAGAAGCUGCGGGAGAAGCUCCCCUGUGGCGGCGGGCUGCCUCCGCCCCGUGCCGUCAUGCUGGACGGCAGCUACAGCGACGGAGAGGUGACGGACCUGGACAACUUCAUGCCGGAGAAUGGGGAGAAGCCCGACAGGAUGAUGGUGCAGCUGACCCUGGCCUCGGAGAGGAGCUCUCCCCAGAGGAAGAGUCAGAGAAGCAGCUACGUGAGCAUGAGGAUCGACACCCACGCCAUCGACAAGUACUCAAGGAUCAUCUUUCCGGCCGCCUACAUCCUGUUCAAUUUAAUAUACUGGUCCAUUUUCUCAUAGAUGCCCGUCGCUCUGUACAUUUCAUUCUCCAGGAGACGCGCUGCAGAAAUAUCUGGAUAUGAGAAGGACUUUCAGGAUGUGGCUAAAGAAAUUCCCAGUACCCACCCGUGUCUUCACUGUUCUUUCUCCAGAGCUACACUGACAAGACACCUACUGCUUUCAUCUGCACUUACUCACCAUCUGUUGUAUACACAGCAUUCCACUAGGUGCUGCGGGAAUACAGCGCCGUAGCCACUGAGGUUAGUUGUUACCCAGACCCCUGGAGAAGCAGGGCCAGUGUAGCGGGCACACUGUAGUCUUAACGGUAGACCCUCGAUGUCAGCCACAAGAACGGUUUCCUUUUCCCGAGUGUCGUUAUGAUAUUCAGGCUGGUGGACUUGGGAGGCACCUCAAGUUCAAGUUCACUUGUAAGGACACUACAUGCCCCUAAACCCCCACUUUGACAGGAGCUCUUGCUUCAGUUUAUAGCCUGUUACCUAUUUUUGU